AUGGAUUGGAUUGAAAGUUGAUGUAAUGUUUACACGUGUUAUAGCAUUGAUUGUGAAUCAAAUCAAUUGAUGUCUUAAUUAUGAUAUCUUGAAGACAUUAGUGGACAUGAAUUACCCCGAAGAGCAGUCCAACGAAUUGGAGGCCUUGGAGGCCAUCUAUACGAAUGAAUUGACCGUGAUAAGUCGGACGCCAUAUCACAAGUUUACGAUUGACGUCAAGUCUGAUCCACAGAUGAUGAGAGACGACUCGAACGAUGAGACCGUUUGCGACACUAUAUACGCGGCGACCAUUCAAUUCAAAUUUCCGGACACUUAUCCCGAUUGUGUGCCGGAGAUAGAGAUCCCGGAAUCGGACAAUUUGGACGACUCGGACGAACGGGAACUGUUGGAACUGCUAGAGACUGAAGCGGCCAAUGGGUUAGGAAUGGUAAUGACGUUUACUCUGGUUUCGGUGGCCAUCGAUUGGAUCAAUCGUAUGUCCGACAAGAAGGCGACGGAACUGAAGGACACGAUUGACCGCAAGCGACGCGCGGAGGAAGAGGCGGAGCACAAGAAGUUUGAGGGAACUAUAGUUACGGUCGAGACGUUUAUGACAUGGAAAGCAAAGUAUGACGAAGAGUUGCGGGCGUUGGACAAGACGUUCAAAGCCCGACAGGAGUUGAGUAAACGCCUGACGGGUAAGCAGUUGUUCAUCAAUCACGAGGUGGACAUCGACUCAGACCUUCGCCUCCUCGACGAAGGAGACCAAGACAUCGAUAUCGAUGUCAAAGUAGAUGAGAGUCUCUUCCAAGACAUGGAUGAGUUGGAUUUGGACGAAGAUGUGGAGAACGAGCGGUGAUGGACACCAAUAUUUGUUGCAAUCAUUUGAUAUAAUAUAUAUUUAUUGUUUACAAUUAAUUCUAAUAAAAUUGAUAGUUAAUUGAAAUGUACCGUUGAUUUAGUUGUUGUAUUGUAGAUAAGUUUGUUUUAUACCAAAUGAAGUUCUGUUAAGUAAUGAUAGCCAAAGA